GAAGUAGCCUCUUCGUAUAUUAAUUCUAAACGAAAGUAGAAACGGAGGGAUAUUAUCACGAGGAACAGUGAAACGCAAUCAUUGAAAACCAGCCUAUCACACAUUUUAAGGUGCCGAAAUGGUGAACUGCUGUGGAUUGAUAACUGUCAAGAAUGAACCAGUGCCUCUGAAGAGUAUUGCUGUGGAAGUGAGUGUCCAGGGGCAUGUGGCCACUGUGAGCUCCACUCUGCAGUAUGAGAACCAGGAGGAGAGCCCUCUGGAGGCCAUCUUUGUUUUCCCUCUGCCGGGAGAGGCUGCUGUCUGCAGGUUCAGCGCCAAGAUAGGACAGACUGAGGUGGUGGCUGAGGUUCAGGAGAAACAYAAGGCGCGGGAGCAGUAUGAUGAUUCGUUGAGCUCGGGCCAGCAGGCCUUCCUAUUGGAGGAGAGUGAUGAGAGCCCGGAUGUGUUCAAGCUGAGUGUAGGUAGUCUGCCUCCAGGGGAGAAGGCCUCUGUCAGCCUAGACUAUGUGACAGAGCUGGCUGUACAGGCUGACGAUGGCCUGAGGCUCUGCCUGCCCGCSGUGCUCAACCCCCGCUAUCAACCCCAGGGGUCAGACAGUGGUAGUGGUGGCAGUGCCCUGGUGUCCUCGGUGCCUGCUGCUUCUGUGCCCUACAGUCUGUCCCUCAGUGCCCGUGUGUCGUCCCCUCAUCCCAUCUGUAGAGUAGAGUCCAACUGUCCCCUGGACCCACUCAACUACCUCAACACAGAGAAAACCCAAGCCACGGUCAGUCUGGCUGCAGGUCAUCAAUUUGACCGGGACGUUGAGCUGUUGUUGUAUUACCAAGACACCCAUCAGCCUACUGCUAUAGUAGAGGCAGCACAGACUUCUGCCAAGCCAGGCUCUCUGAUGGGCGACCCAGUGGUCAUGCUGAGCCUGUACCCAGAGUUCCCCAACGAUGUGAUGUCAUCGAUGACCUCACUCGGGGAAUUCCUUUUUGUUGUGGAUCGCUCUGGCAGCAUGUCAUUCUCCAUGCACAAUGGGUCUGGGGCUCAGGACCGCAUUGGCAGUGCCAGGGAUACUCUGCUGCUCUUGCUGAAAAGCCUGCCAAUGGGGUGCUACUUCAACAUCAUCGGCUUUGGGUCCAGUUAUGAGUCCUUCUUUCCGUGAGUGUUCUCUACUUUC